AUGUCGUACCGCCCCUCCGCCAGACUCAUGUUCAGGGCGUCGCCCUUCCGUGCCGGAGGCCACGGCCACGGAGCUCAUUCGCUCCAUGCGCCGCCCAAGCCCAGGAUGCAGCUGGUGGAGGCGGAGCAGGUGUUUGACCGCCCCUUCCUCAACAUUCUGGGUGUCUCUGCCGGUGCUGCCUUCGUGUUCUACCACCUCAUCGCCAUCCCGUUCUUUGACAAGCCUGCAGCGCAGAAGCUGGUACAGAACAAGCACUAA